GCGAAAUCGCUCGUUGUUCUUAGUCUUUUAGCCGGAUUGAACUGUGCUUAAAGCCGUCGCCCAGGCUACGUGUGGCCUGUUACAGCCCAAGACAGAUUUCGUCAGACACAACCAAGGAGUUUUACCUGCCUUCGUUUCGCGUUGAAUUGUAGACGUAACCAUGCUGCCACGUUUCUGCUUCGUUCUUGCGGUCUGUCUCGCCGGAAUUGCCGUCGUGUCUUCGGCAAGAUUCGGCCAUGACUCGGCAAAAGUCGGACGUGCCUCGGCAAGAGUCGGGCGCGCCACCGUUGACUACCGAUAUGGCGUCAUGUUCGACGCGGGAAGUUCUGGCACCAGAGUUUACGUGUACAGGUGGGACCAGAACAACCUGCCGACCAAAACUGCUGACAUGACGGAAAUGACUAUUACAGGGACCAACAGGGUGCGGCCAGGGAUCAGCUCUUACGUCACUGACCCGCCCUCAGUGAAGACUGAUCUUGUGCGACUGCUUAACAGCGCCGCCACGGUGGUGCCUCAGGAACUGCAGGGACUUACGCCGGUUUACCUGAAAGCCACAGCAGGAAUGCGACUUCUGGAGCCAAAUGAUGUCGACGCCAUCUUUGACCAGAUCAACCAGCUGUUCGAGGACUCCAGUCAGAACCCGUUCAAGUUCGAGCGCGGCUGGGCCAAGGUCAUCUCGGGUGAGGAGGAAGGAGUGUUCGGUUGGAUCACCGUCAACUUCCUUAGGGGCGUCUUCGACUCAAACAGUGACCAGGAGACUGUUGGUGCGCUGGACUUGGGAGGGGCGUCAACCCAGAUAACCUUUGUCCCGGAAGGACAAAUAUUCGCCAAUCUGUUCCCGUUAAGCAUCUCUGCGAGUCGGUAUGACCUGUACACCAACAGCUACCUGAAGUUUGGGCAGGACCAGUUCCGGCUGCAGCUGUACGGCCUUCUGUACGACCAGGCAGCCGACAAAAACGCGUACAUCGACAAUCCGUGUGACUUAGUGGGAUACAACACCACUGAAGACCUGGGAGAAAACAGGACCGCCAAAAUACAAGGAACUGCAAACAACCAGCAGUGUGGUGUGUUGGUACGACAGUUGUUAGCGCUGGACGACACGUGCUAUACCGAGCCGUGCGCGAUCGCCGGAGUGUACCAACCCCCCGUGGAAGGUACCGUCUUCUACGGAACAUCCGCCCUCUACUACACCUCCUCCGCUAUCGGCGCCAUUCCGGAAGAUGGGGGUUAUACCAGCAUUGGCAACAUCCAGGAAAGGACUGACAUAUUCUGCCGCCGCGCGUACGCUGAUGUCCUGAGUGAGUUUGGGGACUUUGGAGAUAACUACUGCAUGGGAGGCCAUUACAUCACUGCUCUACUGGGGGACGGGUACAAGAUUGACACUUCUGCAGACGAUAAGGUGUUUAUCACC